UUAUCUUCAAGAUGGAAGUAAGUGGAGUAGUAUUGUGGGUAAUUGUGUUGGUAUUGGUAUGGUAUGUAUUGAGGUUCUUGAAUUGGGUGUGGUUUAGACCAAAGAAGAUGGAGAAGCGUCUAAGAGCACAAGGCCUCAAAGGAAGCUCAUAUAAGUUGUUGUUUGGUGACUUGAAAGAGGUGGUGAACAUGCUAAAAGAUGCCAAAUCGAAACCUAUAAAUCUUAGUGACAAUAUAGUUCCUCGGGUAGUACCUUUCGACUAUAAAUCCCUCAAUACCUAUGGCAAAAUUUGUUUCACAUGGUUGGGGCCGAGACCUUUGGUGCAUAUAAGUGAACCUACUAUGAUAAAGGAAAUCCUGGCUAAGAAUUACGAAUUUCAAAAGAUGAGGGGAGGAAAUCCACUAGCAAGAUUGCUAGGGACUGGGCUAGCAGACGCCGAGACCGAUCGUUGGGCUAAACAUAGAAAGUUGAUUAAUCCUGCAUUUCAUGUUGAGAAGCUUAAGCAUAUGGUUCCUGCAAUUUAUAUGAGUUGUGCGGAACUGGUCAACAAAUGGGAAGAAAUGUUACCUAAGGAAAGCUCAUGUGAAAUAGAUGUGUGGCCUUAUUUACAAAGGUUAUCCGCCGAUGUAGUUUCACGUACUGCAUUUGGUAGUAGCUUUGAGGAAGGAAGAAAAAUUUUCGAACUACAACGAGAACUUGCAGAGUUGGUCAUACAAGCUUUACAAUCAAUCUACAUUCCGGGUUCUAGUUUUUUGCCAACAAAAAAGAAUAAGAGGAUGAAGGAAAUUGACACACAAGUGCAAGCUUCUAUAAGGAGUAUCAUCAACAAACGAACUAUUGCAAUGAAAGAGGGUCAUAAUAGCAACGAUGACUUGUUAGGCAUACUUUUGGAAUCCAAUAACAAAGAAAUUAAACUACAGGGGAAUAUAAGUUUUGGGUUAAGUAUCAAUGAAGUUAUCGAAGAGUGUAAGCUUUUCUACUUUGCAGGCCAAGAAACCACCGGAAAUUUGCUUGUUUGGACUUUGAUCUUGUUAGCUCAACACACAAAUUGGCAAGCACGUGCUAGAGAUGAAGUUUCACAAAUUUUUGGGGAUAAGAAGCCAGAUAUCGAUGGUUUGAAUCGUUUAAAGAUUGUUAACAUGAUACUCAAUGAGGUUCUUAGACUUUAUCCUCCGGUCGUAGCACUAGGAAGAAUGGCACAUCAAGACACCAAAUUAGGGGACAUCACGAUACCAGCCGGAUCUUUUAUUCAAUUGCAAACUUUGCUUUUGCACCAUGAUCGUGAUAUAUGGGGUGAUGAUGCACACGAGUUCAAGCCCGAAAGAUUUUCUGAAGGCGUGUCAAAGGUGAUGACCAAAGGGCAAACAUCAUACCUUCCCUUCGGUGGGGGGCCACGUAUAUGCAUUGGACAAAAUUUUGCUUUGGUGGAAGCAAAAAUGGCACUCACAAUGAUCUUACAACACUUUGAGUUUGAACUCUCGCCAUCAUAUUCACAUGGUCCUCAUACCAUCGUCACUCUUCAACCUCAGUUUGGCGCUCACUUAAAUAUGCGUAGAGUUUGAUGGAUUUUGACAUUUCAGUAUAUGUGUCUACAUAUAUGUAGUAGCACUAUAUAUAAGCCUAAAUAUAUAUGUCUUGCAUACUGUGUAACUAUGUAAGGUUUUCCAAUAAUUCAGAGCUACUCAACAUCUUAAUAUUUUCACUAUCA